AUGGGCUUGGGCAUCAUCGAGCCCAAGGGCGUCGACUAUGUGCCCGGCACAGCCAUUCUGUACCAGACCAAGGGCUCUGCUGAGCCCGAAAGCCCUCGAAUUGAGGACUCUUCUGAUAGCGACAGCUUGAGGCUGAUUCCAGUGCCGUCUGCGUCGCCUCGAGAUCCAUUGAACUGGCCCAAAUGGAAAAAAGACCUUACCUUCUUCUCCAUCUGCUACAUGGUCAUCAUGGGCACGCUCGUCGGCCCCACCCUCUCCAGCGUCAACGGCGUCCUCGUCGAGGAACUCCACGUCACCUUCAACCAGGUCUCCCUCCUCACGGGAUGCGAGUUCAUUGCCUCCGCCUGCACCGCCCUCAUCUACCAGACCGUCGCAAAAGUCUGGGGCAAACGCCCCGUCUACAUCUUUGCCACGCUGAGCAUGUUCGUCGGCGUCGUCUGGAAUGCCUGCCUGAAGAUGUCCUAUGUGCAGUUCAUGACUGCCCGCACGUUCCAGGGUCUGGGGCUCGGCGCAUUUGAGACGUUGCCGCCGUCGUCGAUUGGUGAUUUAUUCUUCGUCCACCAACGCGGCAAGCGCGUCGCCUUCUUCAACAUGACCUUCUUCGGCCUCUCGUACCUCUCGCCCAUUAUUGGCGGCUACAUCGCGCAGAAAUACGGCUGGCAGAUGCAGUUCAAGAUCAUCGCCGCGUUCUGCGCUGUCGGCGUCGUGCUGAUCCUGUUCUUCUGCCCGGAGACGGCGUACAAUCGUCCUGCGGUGGCAGACGACAGUCAGUCGCAGGAUCUGACGGCCAGAGACCAGAAUGAGAAGCAGGUCCUGACGACGUCCGACAGCCCCGCCGCGGACUCGGCGUUCAAAACCUGGCUGCGCGAAUUGAGCCCCUACAACGGCCGCUUUUCCGACGAGCGCAUCGUCAAGAUCUUCCUGCGUCCGUUCGCCGCCAUGAUCUACCCGGCCAUCCUGUGGGCGUUCAUGCUGCAGGGCACCGUCCACUGCUGGUCGAUCGGCGUGUCCAUCAUGAUGGCGCAGCUCUUCGCCGGACCACCGCUCAACUUCGGCCCGGCACAACUCGGCUACAUCUACGCCUUCCCGGCCGUGGCGUCGCUGUUCGCGUACCUGCUGGGCCUGUUCCUGUCGGACUGGGUGCUGAAAGUCGCGGCGCGGCGCAACAACGGCGUCGCGGAGCCCGAGUUCCGCCUGUUCUUCACCGUCGGGGUGCUGGUGUUCGGCGCGCCGGGCCUGUUCGCCUUUGGACGGUACGCAGCGCUGGGCACGGGGCCUGACGCGUCCGGCGCCAACGUCAGCUGGGUGCUGAUCAGCUUCUUCUACGGGAUGAUCGUCUUUGGGCUGGUGUGCGCCUGUACGGCGACCUUCUCGUACCUGCUCGACGCCCACCGCGCCUUCUCCGCCGAGUUCAUGAUCGCGCUCGUCGUCUUGCGCAACAUGUUCGCCUUUGGCGGCACGUACUUUAUGCCGACGUGGCUCGAGACGGGCGGGCCCGAGCAGAUGUUCUACUCCAUGGGCGGGAUUUUGUUUGCUGGGUGUCUGCUGACGAUUCCCAUACGAACUUUUUUCCGUAUCUAG